GGCGGCGCUGGCGGCCGGCAAUGACCGCCGUCGAGGCGGUGGCGAGACACCGCCCACGCCGGGGGUGGCCCCGCGUGGGUCCGGGGACCGCGGCCGCUGCGCAUCAGCAGCGCCCAGAGAUCCGAGCGGAGCCGGGGAGGGAUGCGGGCACCGCCACCCGCCCGGGCGAGACCUCACCGCGUCCCGCACUGACGGCCGCCCCGCCGCCCGCGCUCUCCUCCGGGGCUUGGCGGGGAGCGGCGGCUCCCGGGGCCGCGCAGCCCAUGGCCAGCUCCGCGCAGCCCCCGGCGGCGGCGGGGGGCGGCGGCCCCGACGGCGGGUCUCUGGCGGGGGGCGGCGAGACCUUCGGGGACCGCUCCCUCAGCCAGGGCCUGAGCGUGCUGGUGGGGCUGGGGCUCUGCGUGACCAUGCUGGGGCUGGGCUGCGCCGUGGAGUUGGGGCAGCUGGGGCACCAGCUCCGGCGGCCCGUAGGGCUGCUGCUGGCGCUGCUGGGGCAAUUCGUGGCCAUGCCACUGCUGGCCUUUCUCCUCGCCCUCAUCUUCGCCCUAGACGAGGUGGCGGCCGUGGCUGUACUGCUGUGCGGCUGCUGCCCCGGAGGCAACCUCUCCAACCUCAUGUCGGUGCUCGUCGACGGGGAUAUGAAUCUGAGCAUUAUCAUGACGGCCUCCUCCACGCUGCUGGCCCUGUUCCUGAUGCCCCUCUGCCUCUGGAUCUACAGCCGCCACUGGAUCAACACGGCCGUGGUGCAGCUGCUGCCCCUGGGGGCGGUAAGCCUGACGCUGGGCAGCACCCUGCUGCCCAUCGGCCUGGGGGUGCUCAUCCGCUACCGGCACCCCCGCGCCGCCGACCUCCUGGUCAAGAUUUCCCUGUGGUCCCUCUUGGUGACUCUGGUGGUCCUGUUCAUCCUGACUGGGACCAUGCUGGGCCCAGAUCUGUUGGCACAGAUUCCUGCGUCUGUCUACGCCAUUGCAGUGCUGAUGCCUCUGGCAGGGUACGCCUUGGGAUAUGGCUUAGCCACCAUCUUUAAAAUGCCCCCACACUGCAGGAGAACAGUAUCUUUGGAAACAGGGUGUCAAAACGUCCAGCUCUGCACUGCCAUCCUAAAACUCACCUUCUCCCCGGAGCUCAUAGGGAGCAUGUACAUGUUUCCCUUGCUUUAUGCACUUUUUCAGUCAGCAGAAGCGGGACUGUUUGUGCUGGCAUACAAGAUGUAUGGAAAAGACAGCUACAAGCAAGAUACCCUUGGUGAAGAGGAAGACACAGAUAUUUCCUACAAGAAACUGAAGGAAGAGGAGGUAGCUGAUACUUCAUAUGGCACAGUGACCACAGAGGAGCACAACUCCAUUCAGAUGGAGCCGACUCAGACGGCGCUUUAGGCAGGACAAAGAGGUAACUCCCAGAGACGUGAAUGUGUGUUGUGCUUGCAACCAGGCUGGGGCUGUGCUCGCUGCUGUGCAAGCGGAGCUGCCCAGCCUCUAUUGUUUCUCCAGCUACUCCCAUUGUACAAGGUGAUAUGUGUUUAUUAUCAUGACAGUUCUACUUCCUCAAAAGUAAACGUGAAAAAAAAAAAAAAGAAAAAAAAAGAAAAAAUAAAGAAAAAGCAUCGCUGCGACACAAACCAGUAACUGUAAAACUUCAUGCAAGGAGGCUGCUGCCUGACUGAGUGCAGCAGGAAUGGGUACAAAGAAGAAACAGUGUUCUACAGAGUCAACACCAACUCACUGUCAGUUGAGAUGACAGGAAAAACCACGUCGCAUGUGUAUCUCUGUGCCUCCCACCUGCUGUAAAAGCAUUGUUCUCAUUGUUGUCACCACAAAUACAUGGCGAAGCCGAAUCAAA